AAAAAAUUACAGUUAGCAACACUGUCGAGAAAACAUGCUGUUUCACAUGCUUCGAUUCGAUUACUAAAUAUUGAAAAAUACUUUUUAUUCGAGUGUAUAGAAAUUGUUUAACAAGGUGCAACAAAUAUAAUAUUCAUAAAAUACAUCUUUAAUCAUAUCCUUUAAUAAAAGUUUUAUUUAAUUUAAUUGAAAAGAUAACCAACGCAUUUCACAUUUUCUCCUUAUAGCAGGUAUACAUAUCUAUAGAAUGUCGAAACCAAUAGUUUUUGUAACUGGAAAUGUAAAGAAAUUAGAAGAAUUUGUGGCUAUUCUGGGAACAAAUUUUCCAUUAGAAAUUAUAAGCAAGAAGAUUGAUCUUCCAGAAUAUCAAGGAGAAAUAGAUGAUAUUUGCAAAAACAAAUGUCGAGCAGCAGCUGAUUUAAUAAAAGGUCCCGUUAUUAUUGAAGAUACUUGCUUAUGCUUUAAUGCAAUGAACGGUUUACCUGGUCCUUAUAUUAAGUGGUUUUUAGACAAAUUAGGACCAGAAGGAUUAUACCAAAUGCUUAAUGGAUGGGAAGAUAAAACUGCUGAAGCAGUUUGUACUUUUGCUUAUUGUUCAGGAAAAUUGGAAGAUCCAGUUUUACUGUUUCAAGGUAGAACGCAAGGAAGUAUCGUGAGUCCUCGAGGUCCACGAGAUUUUGGUUGGGAUUCAUGUUUUCAACCUUUGGACAGUGAUAAAACUUACGCAGAAUUACCGAAAGAAGUUAAGAAUAAAAUUUCUCAUCGUAGUAAAGCACUGGAGAAAUUAAAAGAAUAUUUUUUGAAAAACGUUGAACAAUAAAUCAAUAAAUUAUAUUUUUUGAAAAUACAA